AUGGGUACUUGCUGUAGUCGUCAUUCACCAGAUCCUACCCAUCAUCUAGUCUUACAUCAUGGUUUCAAAAUACAAGAUUCUAUAGAUGUCUUGAAUAAAGGAUCCAGUGAAGUGCGUUAUGUGGCUGAAUUGAAUCGUCAACAUGGAACAGCAAGCAUUAAACGCCAUGGUGUCGACAUUAUACGUACUCCAACAUCAACACUUCAUUCGUCUUUACAUGGACGAAUUGUGGUUGCUGUUUAUAAUUAUCAGUCCAGGGAAAUGUCUGAUGUCUCCUUUGUUAAAGGAGAUCGUAUGGAACUAUUAGAUGAUAGUGAACCAGAUUGGUGGCGUGUUAGACAUUUAAGAACAAAUGAGGAAGGAUUGAUACCUUGGAAUUUUGUUGCUGAAGAAAAAUCGGUUGAGAGUGAAGAUUGGUUUUUUGGUAAAAUAUCUCGUAAAGAAGCUGAAAAGCUUUUAUUAUCUGAAGAAAAUCAAAGAGGGACAUACUUGGUACGUGAUUCGGAACAUAAUCCAAAUGGCUUCUCUCUUAGUGUUAAAGAUUGGGAAGGAGGUCGAGGGUAUCAUGUGAAACAUUAUAAAAUAAAAUCUCUUGAUAAUGGUGGUUAUUAUAUUGCCACUAAUCAGACUUUUUCUAGUCUUCCCGAGCUCAUAUCUGCCUAUUCUAAAAAUUCAUUGGGAUUAUGUCAUGUUUUGGCUCGUUCAUGUUGUAAGCCACAACCACAGAUUUGGGAUCUAGGUCCAAAUUUACGUGAUCAGUGGGAAAUAGAUCGCAGUGAAAUCCAAUUAAUUAGAAAGCUUGGCCAUGGUAAUUUUGGUGAAGUUUGGUAUGGCAAAUGGCGAAAUAAUAUUGAAGUAGCUGUGAAAACACUUAAACAAGGCUCUAUGUCUACUCAAGCAUUUUUACAAGAAGCUUCUAUAAUGAAAAAGUUUCGACAUGAUAGACUUGUUGCCCUUUAUGCUGUUUGUUCAAAAGAUGAACCUGUACUUAUUAUACAAGAAUAUAUGUGUAAUGGAAGUUUAUUGGAUUUUUUGCGAAAUUGUGAUAGUAAAUAUUUACAAUUUGGUGAUUUAAUCUAUAUUGCUGCUCAAGUUGCUAGCGGAAUGGCAUAUUUGGAAUUAAAGCAAUUAAUUCAUCGUGAUUUGGCUGCAAGAAAUGUAUUGAUUGGAGAAAAUAACAUGGCUAAAAUCUGUGACUUUGGUUUAGCGAGAAUUAUAGAAGAUGAUGAAUAUUGUCCUAGGCAAGGUACACGAUUUCCUGUAAAGUGGACUGCACCUGAAGCUAUUGUCUAUGGACGUUUUUCAAUUAAAUCAGAUGUAUGGUCCUUUGGAAUAUUACUUAUGGAAUUAUUUACAUACGGACAAGUCCCAUACCCAGGUAUGCAUGGCCGUGAAGUAAUUGAACAAGUGGAACAUGGAUAUCGUAUGCCAAAGCCAGUAUCUCAUUUCAUCCCUGAUGAUAUCUACAGACUGAUGUUACUGUGUUGGGACUCUGAUCCAGAUAAACGACCCACAUUUGAGUUCCUGAAUCAUUAUUUUGAAGACUUCACUAUUACCUCAGAAAUACCAUACAGGGAAGUAAGUGAUUAA